AUAGAGCCCAAUGACGAGUGUUUGUUUCUCCAGCCCAACGAAACCCAGCAGUAAACCUCGAAGCUCCUCGUCUGAUCGUCUCGCCCGGCGCCCGCCACCACCGCCAGUCCACCAGAGCAGAGCGGAGCGGCAGCACCCCAGCCGGCGCCGUCUGACCGACCCCCGCUCCACCCAUUCCAACACUGCCCACAUCCUUCCCCGUGUCCGACCGUCGGCUUUCUCCUCCCCCUCCCAGCCGCCCCAGUCUUUGCCCGUGGCCAAGCGUCGACUUCCUCUUCCUUUCGUCCUCCAGUUCGAUUCUAGUGAAUCUGCUGUUGCUUCUCCGUCGCGCGAGACUAAGACACUGGAGUUGAAAUCCGAGGCACGUGGGAAGCCUCUCUCUCAAUUUUUUUGGGGAUUCAAAAGAGUUCCCGAUGCCCGGAGCUAAGGUGGCCCAAGCUCCUGGCGGCCAGGCCAGGUGUUCGACGAAACUCCCCUGAGAGGGAUCUGUCAUGUUCUUGGCCAAACGACCGCCUUGGUCGUCUCAGAUUAGCAGGUUCUGCAUCCUUCCCUUCCACGCUGUUCCCUGGAUCGUUUUGUGGACAAGGCGGGUGCGAUACAGUGGCGGCAGCGGCGAUAAUGCCACUCCAGUGGCCUCUGGGCGGCUGUCCAAGCUGUUUUGGCCGGCUCGGAUGCACGUGGCUGACGUUAUUGGGCGAGUUCUGGAACGGGGGCAGUCGUUGGAUUCGGUGGAGCUGGAGCUGGAGAGGCUCCAUGUCGACCUGGACCCCUUUGUUGUCAACCGGGUGCUCCGGAGCAUCUCGGACUCGGAGAUGGCAGUGCGGUUCUACUGGUGGGCAGAGUCCAGGCCUGGGUUUGAUCACACCCAGUUCGCGAUAGCGUAUGUUGUCAGCCUGCUCUUUGUAGACAGCAACUUUUUCCUGCUGUCGGAGUUCCUCGAGAGAGUGAGGAGUCAGGGGGUUGCAUUGCAUCGCUCUCUCUAUCGGAUCCUCUUGUCGGGCUAUGUAAGGGCAGGCAAGUUCGAUUCUGUCAUCCAUACAUUUGAUGAGAUGGUUACAUCUGGAUGCCGUGAGUUUGGUGUGGACUACAACAGGUUCAUUGGUGUUCUAGUUAAGAAUUGCUGCUUUGAUUUGGUCGAGAAGUAUUAUAGUGUGGCACUUGAUAAAGGUUUUUGCUUGACUUCAUUCACUUAUUCGAGGUGGAUAUCUGCACUGUGCCAAUCAGAAAGGAUUGAGCUCGUAGAGAGACUCCUUGCCGAUAUGGAUAAGUUUGGCUGUUUUCCAGAUAUUUGGGCAUGUAACAUAUAUGUGGACUGUUUGUGUAAACAUAACAGGUUGCAUGAUGCCUUGAAGACGCUUGAGAAUAUGUGGAUCAGAGGAACCAAUCCAGAUGUUGUCACUUACACAACAGUUGUUGGAUGUUUAUGUGAUAACAAGCAGUUUGCAGAAGCGGUCGAGCUUUGGGAAGAAAUGGUGAGGAGGGGCCUCAAACCUGAUAUCGUUGCCUGUGGCGUAUUGAUAUUUGGGCUGUGCAAGAGUGACAAGGUUGAUGAGGCUUUUGAGCUGGCAUUGAGGAUGCUGAGUCUUAAUUUAGAACUCAAUGUCUGUAUUUACAAUGCCCUGAUAAGUGGCUUCUUGAGAUCCGGAAGCAUUAAUAAAGCAUUCAAAAUCAUAUCCGUCAUGCGGACAAAUGGUUGUGAGCCAGACGUUGUCACAUAUAAUAUCCGUUUGAACCAUUACUGCAACACAGGUAUGAUAAAGGAAGCUGAAAAGUUGAUCGAGGAGAUGGAAAUGAGUGGGAUUGUAAAUCCUGAUCGGUACAGCUAUAAUCAAAUGUUAAAGGGAUUGUGCAAAGCUCAUCAAUUGGACAGGGCAUUUGGUUUUGUUUCAGAUCAUAUGGAGGUUGGUGGGUUCUGUGAUAUUGUAUCUUGUAACAUACUGAUUGAUGCAUUCUGUAAGGCAAAGAAAGUAAGUUCUGCUUUGAAGCUGUUCAAAGAAAUGGGUUAUAAGGGAAUACAAGCAGAUGCUGUGACAUAUGGAACUCUAAUUAAUGGUCUUUACGGUGUAGGAUACUACUACCUAGCUGAGGAAAUUUUUGAGCAGAUGCUGAAAGCUCGGGUUGUUCCAAAUGUUAAUCUGUACAAUAUUAUGCUCCAUAACCUGUGCAAAGCUGGUCAGUUUGAACAGGCUCAGAAAAUUUUCUUGCAGAUGAUUCAGAAGGAAGUGUCGCCAGAUAUUAUUACUUUUAACACGCUCAUAUAUUGGCUUGGUAAAUGCUCAAGGGCAAUUGAAGCUAUUGAUCUGUUCAGGGAUAUGACAGCUAGAGGGAUAGAACCUGAUAGCUUGACAUUUAGGUAUCUGAUCAGUGGCCUCCUAGAGGAGGGGAAAGCUACACAGGCUUAUGAGGUAUGGGAAUAUAUGUUGGAGAAUGGCAUAAUUCUCGACAGAGAUGUUUCUGACAGGCUGAUAAGUAUGUUUAAAUCAAACAACAAGUAACAACUGACUGGGUUUCUUGAGAGUUUCAGCCUCUAGGACAUUUUAAUCAUGUCACUAGAACUCAAAGGUCCGAGCUUGUUUAGUUGCUUCUAAGCUCAUCGCUGUGCCGGUGCCGCGGAACACAUCUUUGCUGAUUAACUCGAUUUGAUGGAUGCAUUAUAACUGGACCAGACCCAAAAGCAGACACACCAGAGAAACAGUGGACAAGGUACUUCUGUUUUGACCUUCUGCUGUAUCAUGCUAGCUUUUGGGGCAGUUUGGUAUAGCUCCCAGAGCAGGUUCCAGGCUGAAUCCAAGAGAAGCUCCGCCGAAUAGUUUUUUACCGAGAAGUGAUUCUUUGCUGAUUUCAUGAAGCGAUUCUCUAAAAUGAACUAGGGUGCCGGGAGCUGAAUAAAGGUACGCAUCCAAGAUUCUUGGUUGACAAAUUUGAUGUUGCUAAGAAAGCAUGUCUCAAUUUUCUCGAUAAGUUUAAGGCGUCAGUCGUUACUGGUGAACAACUCUUAGGACAAAGUUGUAUAAAGGAUUGGCUGAUCAGAUGAUGGAUAUUGUUGUGAAUGCAGUACGUUUGAUUUCUGUUGUAGUUUUUUUUUGUGAAAGGUUUCUAUACCUGUCCAUUUCGAAGCAUAUUUGAAGUAUGAAACUGUUAUAGGCUUAUAGGUUCUGUGCAUCUGCAAUUCAGAUGACUCAGUUGAUCUUUUUAUGUCCAACGGAGACCUCCAGAAGCACCAAUGCGUUGUGGGGUCCUAUGGCGCAGUAGCAAUGGGAAGAGAGGCAGGAGAAGGCCAAAUUUGAUAUGGGGAGAGGUAGUAAAAGGAGACUUGAAACUUGAAAGGAUGGAAUAUAUUCAAAUAUUUAGCCUUAAAUAGGACUAUAGGAGUGCAUACACCAUAGGAAACAGUUAUACAUGUGCCUGAAUCUUGACUUGUGAUUUAUGUUGGGUUUCAACUCUAACCUACCUGAACUUUCUUGUGACUAAAAGACACUGUUGUUGAUGGUGGUGGAUAAUGCACAUGUGCCAUUUAUGGUGAAAAUAAAUAAAAAAAGUUUAUGUAUCAAUGUGUCUUUUGUUAGUGGAGAGUAAGCUCUUUGCAUGGAAGCUUAUUAAUAGCAUGAUCUGUGUUGUUAAAUCAAUUUUACUAUUUGGGGGGCCAUGCAACCUGAAAUGAUUUUACAGAUUAUUGCUCUUCAAAGGGCAAAGAGGAGAAACAUGGAGAGGUUUGUGCUAGCAUGUGGUGGUGAGAAGCUGGCAAUUCAGUUGAUGACUUGACUGAAGAUUGUCUAGGCUGGGCUGGUCUUGUCUAUGAGCAUGUUCUUGGAGAAGAAGAGUACACAUUUGUAGAGAAUGUGAAAAACCCUCACUCUUGUACUAUAUCACAUUGUUUGAAGUUAAUUCGGGAAGUCGUUGACUA